GUUUGUUGCGCACAUUUCUGAAAUCUGAAGAGUAAUUUACAGCUACAACCUUCUCAAGCGAGGCGGCCUCUCAUUGGCUGUCGGCGGACACCCGGAGCAGGUCGCUCUCCUCGGUGCUGAAAUCGCUGCACGUCGUGAUAAUGUAAACGGCGAUGAGGCCAAACAGAGCGUCAGCCAGUAAACACCAAAAUGGACGAUGAUCUAUUCCAACUGAGGCAGCUGCCUGUCAUCCGCUUCCGUCGCACUGGUGAGAGCACACGGUCAGAGGAUGAUGGCGAGAAUAGAGAACAGGUUAUCAAGAUUGCAGAGCAGACUGAUUCCGAGUCUGUGGCACUUGCAGAUGGACCUCCAGUUCCUCGGGAGUUUGCCAAUCCAACUGAUGACACAUUCAUGGUAGAAGAUGCCGUAGAGGCCAUAGGCUUCGGGACAUUUCAGUGGAAACUCUCCAUCCUCACUGGUCUGUCCUGGAUGGCUGAUGCCAUGGAGAUGAUGAUCCUCAGCAUCUUAGCCCCACAGCUGCACUGUGAAUGGAGACUGCCUAGCCUUGAGGUGGCACUGCUUACAUCGGCAGUGUUUAUCGGGAUGAUGAUCAGCUCCUCUCUUUGGGGAAACAUAGCUGACAGAUACGGCAGAAAGACAGGUCUCAAGAUGAGCGUGCUGUGGACUAUGUUCUAUGGCCUGAUGAGUGCAUUUGCACCUGUUUAUGGGUGGAUCCUCGUCCUCCGUGCACUGGUGGGCUUUGGCAUUGGAGGAGCCCCACAGUCGGUGACACUCUAUGCUGAAUUCCUGCCUAUGAGGGCCAGAGCCACGUGCAUCUUGCUGAUUGAGAUAUUUUGGGCCCUGGGCACGGUGUUCGAAGUCCUCUUAGCGAUCCUGGUCAUGCCCACUCUGGGAUGGCGCUGGCUGCUUGGCCUCUCUACCAUUCCUCUCUUCAUCUUUGCCAUCCUAUGUUUUUGGCUACCUGAGAGUGCUCGAUACGACGUGCUGACCGGGAACCAGGAAAAAGCUCUGGCCACACUGAAGCGCAUUGCUACAGAGAAUGGAGCACCAAUGCCACUGGGGAAACUUAUCGCUGCUAGACAGGAGGAUCGUGGAAAGUUUCAAGACUUAUUUUCCUCACACUUUCGCUGGACCACAGUUCUGCUCUGGUUUAUUUGGUUUGCAAAUGCCUUCUCUUACUACGGACUGGUACUGCUCACUACAGAGCUGUUUCAGGAGGGAGGUGCAUGUGGAAUGUCCAAAGGUAAUAAGAGGGAGCUCCGGUGCAACUUGGAGUGUAAAUAUCUGAACUCCGACGACUACAAAGACCUGUUGUGGACCACCUUAUCUGAAUUCCCAGGCCUGCUGGUGACACUGUGGGCCAUUGAUCGACUGGGAAGGAGAAAGACCAUGGCACUGUGUUUCUUCAUCUUCUCUAUGUGCAUAAUUCCCCUCUAUGGUUGUGUUGGCAGAACAUCCAUGACAGUGUUGAUAUUCAUUGCAAGAGCUUUCAUCGCGGGAGGAUUCCAGGCUGCCUAUGUGUACACUCCAGAGGUGUACCCAACAGCGACCAGGGCUUUAGGCCUGGGAACCAGCAGUGGGAUGGCCAGAGUUGGUGCCCUUAUUACACCUUUUGUCGCACAGGUGAUGUUGGAGUCAUCUGUGUACCUGGCUCUCUCAGUGUACUGCUGCUGCUGCCUCCUAGCUGCCGUCGCCUCCUGUGCACUGCCAAUUGAGACAACAGGCCGGGGCCUGCAGGAAGCCAGCCACCGCGAGUGGGGCCAGGAGAUGGUGGGUCGUGCCUCCUCCCAAAGCUCAGAGAGAAUCCCUCAGUCCAGCUCCAGCUCCCAGGGCUGAGGGCACGCAUCGGCUGAAGUACAACCAAGAGAGGUGUCCACGGUGAGGAAAAGAAGCAAGGAGAGGCAAAAAAAAAAGCUAGACCAGCUCUCUGUGUCCAUCUCCAUUCCCAUCCUACGACUUGUCCGUUUAGGAAAGUGGCUUCAGAGAGCCAGGCAGCACAAUAUUACAUAUUAUUAUUAUAUAGUCUUCGGCCACCAUUGCAGUCACAAUUUUGUCACCGACUUAACUGCACACGGGGGGACUGCAAAAGACCAUAUGACCUACACGAGUGCAAGAUUGAGAAAAUAAAUGGUGAAUGAGAUGUGAAACUUGUGAGAAUUCAAAUACUUUGAGCACAGUAUUUGAAUCCUGUUUUUCUAAAGCAGAGCAGCAUAAAGAGGGUACAACUGUUAGGUAUUCUUAAAGAGCCUUAAAACUAUUUUGUUUGUGUAUGAGAGCCCAACUCUUACACUAUAAAAAAGACAUAGAUGUGUAGGUAAGAAAGAGCAUUUAUUUGUGCACACAAAUUGCCUGUUAAAUUACACUAAUUUGCAAACUCAGCUUUAUACAAAGCGCUGGAGUGAAGAACAAUUCCACACUGUCAAAUCAACAGACAUUAGAUUAAAUAAGUUAUGUGAUUACUUCAUCUAAAUGCACAUCGAGUCACUGACUUUCUCAUAUAGAGUAAGCAUCUUUUAAAGUCCUGUGUUAAAUAUGUUCUUUUAUCUCAUGCCAGUACUGUUUUCCAUUUUCUACUAUAUUAUUACUCUAGUAAUAAUGAAAAUAACACCCCAUGUCUUGAUCAUUAUGUGAUUAUUUUAUUUUCAACAAGCUAACAAAUUGUCCGAAGCAUUCAUCAGAGCAUAAUAACAAACAGUUGACAACAUUUCAUCAUUAUAGCAUAACUGGAACGAGUCCACAGAUCCUGGACUGAAUUUGUGGACAACAUUAUGUAAGUCAACGUGUUGAAGUAUUUUCAUCACCCAAAGCUGAUUCAAUCUAGUUAGUAAAAAUCCCAUAAUAAAAAAUUAACAUGAGUAUAUGGUGUUACAAUGUAUAAACCAUGGUGCAUCUCUUGCACACAUAGACCUACACAUGCAAACACAUCUAUUUGACAGGAAGUCACAUUCUGUCUUUCUGUAAAUAAUGUAUCAAUACCUGGUUUAGUUGUUGUCUUUGCUUUUGAUUGUAACAAAGGUGAUGUGUAGACAGACUUUGCCCAGUCGGAUUCUACGAGUAACCCCCUGAGUAAAGUUUUGUUCAAAAAAAUGGGAGAUUAACUAGUACAGGUCCAACAAGCUGACUCUUACUUGCCAGUGUUUGAGAUAUAGUGCUGCAUUAAGUGUCUGUGUGCACAGAUUCUUGUCAGUGCACUGGAUGUAAAUGUGUAUGAUAUUAUAGUAAAUAAUCUUUCAAAAAGAGCUGUGGAUUCGUGUUGUUAUAUAUUACUAAACACUGUGAUACGUGAUUUUAUCAGUUAUAGUCUACAUUUACUGAGAAAUAUAUGUAUACUUUAUAUAUUUUAUUUACUUUUUACAAUCACCCAAACCUCCAAUGGAUUUAAGAAUUAUUUUGUUACAUGUGAAUUGGCCCUCUCUGAAUAUUGUAAUAGGACUCAGAUUCACAAACGAGCUUUUGGACCUUUGCCUUUUUGCUCCACAAUCUGACCGAAGAGCCUUGCCGCCUCCUGGGCACAGCCUCUGUGAAUGGUGAGUCCAAAACCUCCAUGGCCAUAGUUGUG